AUGCUGGUGUCCUUGACGGUGGGCAAGGUUGACGCAGGAGUUGCGGUCCUCCUCACCCAAGACAAGAGACUGAUUGAGUUUCCCUCCAUCCUACUCCCCUCGACGAUCACCUCCGGCUCAAUCGUCGAUAUCGAAGUCAAGCAGAACCAUGAGGCCGAACAAAAAGCACAAGCGGCGUUCGCGGCGCUACAGACCCGGAUACUCAACACCUAUGGCAUCAACGUCCCAGCAACGCCUGUCCUCCGACUCCGAAAUGCCACUCAAACGUCCCUCGUCCUUGAAUGGGACCCGAUCCAGUUAGCGACCACAACUCUGCGAUCGCUUGCUCUCUACCGCAAUGGAAGCAAAGCAGGAAAUAUCCCCCGUCCGCUCGAGACGCUCAGCACGAAGAUGAGCGGGCUGCAGAUCGACACGGAAUACUCGUUCUACCUCGUACUCAAGACAAGUGGUGGCGUGUAUACGAGUAACACCCUGGCCGUCAAGACGCACACCAUGAACAACUUGACCGGCAUAACUGUCACUCCUGGAAUCCUUCCUCCACAACUGAGAGAGAGCCUCGAGAUGGCCAUUGAACGCAUUGGAGCCAAGAUCAACGACACCAUCAGAAUCGAUACCACCCACUUUGUUUGCACCGAAGGUCGUGGACGAGAGUGGGAAAGGGCAAAUGAGAUGAACAUCCCGAUUGUGAGACCCGAGUGGGUCGAAGGUUGUGAACGGGAAGGCAAGAUCAUCGGCGUUCGUGGAUACUAUCUCGACGCAGAUCCCAAACAGAGACAAGUCGGAUCUAAUCCUUCACUCGCACAAGCUCGCCCUUCUACGACAACCGCGCCGCAACAAGCCGAUAUCCCUCAACGGCCGAAAGAACCAACACCCAAGAGCCCUGACCGAGAAAGCACAGUCAGCGGAGAGCCGGGUCCAGAGGUGCUUCCCACGCCUCCAUUACAAAAAGAUUUACCUCCGACACCGGCCGAUGAUGACGACGAUGGGGACGGCGAGGAGGAAGAGGAAGAGAAAGAGCCGAACGAUCAUCAGGAACCCACAACUGGAUCAAAAGGAAAGGGAAAAGCCACCGACGAAGAGCCAGCAGACGCGGAUGAUGACGAUGACGACGAUGAAGAAGAAUCGCAUGAGGCCCAACACCCAUCUAAACCUAAAGAUGGGAACGGCGCCGAGAUGGAAGAUGUCGCAUUAUGA